AGUCGGAGCGCGGGGGCCGGCGGUGAGGAGCGCUGGAGCUGCCGGUAGGGAACAUGUCGGAGUCCGAGCCGGGCAGAAAGUGGGUCCGAUGUAUGGCCGACGCGGUAGUGAAGCUAGGUACUGGUUUUGGAUUAGGAAUUGUUUUCUCCCUCACCUUCUUUAAGAGAAGAAUGUGGCCAUUAGCCUUUGCUUCUGGCGUGGGACUGGGGAUGGCCUACUCCAACUGUCAGCAUGACUUUCAGGCUCCAUAUCUUCUACAUGGAAAAUAUGUCAAAGAGCAGUGACUUAUGCUGAGAACAUCCCAGCGGGAGGAAAGAGAAGCCGCGUUUAUUCCUCAGGAAUACUGGCAGUGCCCUGGAGUGCGCUGACGUCCUGUGACAGUGCCAUCAGCAACGCUUUCAACUC